UCAUGAGGCAAGUUGCAGUAGAUAAAGAGCCGAGCUGUAAGAGCGAAGACGAGGUAAAGUCACCCUUUUCUUCGCUUCUAACCUCUUUUCCAUCACCUUCUUCGGAACUUUAGAGAGAGAGAGAAACAAGGGCGAAAAUGUUCGUCGAAACCUUCAAGGUCGAGAGCCCUAAUGUGAAGUAUGGAGAGCAAGAGAUCCACUCCAUUUACAACUAUGAAACCACGGAAUUAGUGCACGAGAGCCGGAAUGGAUCCUAUGCCUGGAUCGUGAAGCCUAAGACCGUCCAAUACGAGUUCAAGACCGAUACCCUUGUUCCCAAGCUCGGUGUGAUGCUUGUGGGUUGGGGAGGGAACAAUGGAUCCACCCUCACUGCUGCGGUUAUUGCUAAUAGAGAGGGGAUCUCAUGGGCCACGAAGGAUAAUGUUCAGCAGACCAACUAUUUCUCCACCAUUAGGAUUGGCUCUUACAACGGGGAGGAGAUUUAUGCUCCUUUCAAGAGCUUGCUUCCUAUGGUGAACCCAGAUGAAAUUGUGUUUGGAGGAUGGGACAUAAGCAACCUUAACCUAGCAGAUUCGAUGACUAGAGCCAGGGUCUUGGACAUUGAUCUUCAGAAGCAACUUAGGCCUUACAUGGAAUCCAUGGUUCCUCUUCCUGGUAUCUACGAUCCAGAUUUCAUCGCCGCCAAUCAAGAUUCCCGUGCCAACAAUGUCAUCAAAGGAACCAAGAGUGAGCAAGUCCAACAAGUUAUUAAGGAUAUUAGGGAGUUCAAGGAUAAGAACAAUGUCGAUAAAGUCGUUGUUCUUUGGACUGCAAACACUGAGAGGUACAGCAAUGUGAUGGUUGGCCUCAAUGACACCACUGAGAAUCUCCUUGCAUCAUUGGAAAGAAAUGAGACUGAGAUCUCCCCAUCCACCUUGUAUGCUGUUGCCUGCGUCAUGGAGAACAUUCCAUUCAUCAAUGGAAGCCCACAAAACACCUUCGUGCCUGGACUUAUUGAUUUUGCCAUUCAGAGGAACAGUCUUAUUGGAGGAGAUGACUUCAAGAGCGGGCAAACAAAGAUGAAAUCCGUCCUCGUUGAUUUUCUUGUCGGUGCAGGGAUCAAGCCAACCUCCAUUGUUAGCUACAACCAUCUUGGUAACAACGAUGGCAUGAACCUCUCUGCACCACAAACAUUUCGUUCAAAAGAGAUCUCGAAGAGCAAUGUCGUCGAUGAUAUGGUUACGAGCAACGAAAUCCUCUAUCAACCAGGGGAGCAUCCCGACCAUGUCGUUGUCAUAAAGUAUGUGCCUUAUGUUGGGGAUAGCAAAAGGGCGAUGGACGAGUAUACCUCCGAGAUCUUCAUGGGUGGGAAAAACACGAUCGUUAUUCACAACACCUGCGAGGACUCACUACUUGCUGCACCUAUAAUUCUUGAUUUGGUGCUCCUGGCUGAGCUUAGCUCCAGAAUUCAGUUCAAGGCUGAGGGGGAGGGAAAGUUCCAUUCCUUCCAUCCUGUGGCAACCAUACUGAGCUACCUGACUAAAGCUCCUCUUGUUCCACCCGGCACACCUGUGGUGAACGCCCUCUCAAAACAGAGGGCUAUGCUGGAGAACAUACUGAGGGCUUGCAUUGGCCUGGCUCCAGAAAACAAUAUGAUUCUGGAGUACAAGUGAGACUUCCUGAAAAGGGUCGGAGAACUGAAGGCUAUAUGAGUGGCGGAACUAUAAGAUUGCAGAUUUGGUUCUCUACCCCAUUUUUCUUCUUCCAAUUAUUAUAUAAUAUGUAAUUGUUGUCGACUCCCGGUGAUUAUGGUAAAUCAACUUGUGUUCAAAUCUUAUGAUUCUGUUUUUCAAUUCAAGUGCGGAAACCUGUGCGAGCCGCUAGUAGCUCUCUUAUAACAAUAAUGCGUGACUUUUUCUACUAAUAUUAAAUCCUUUUAUUAUUUAUAGCUUCA